UGCCUGGGUGGGGUUUAGGUUGAGGAGAGGAUGUGACUGCAAAGCCAGGAAGCUACGGGGAAAGUUCUUAUUAAAACGCACAAACAAAAGCCAGGUCCUCGCCGUGCUUGGCGAUGCUUCUGGGGCAGCCGUGGUGAUUUGGACUGGGCCAGGGGUCCAGCCGAGCAAACAGUUUGCUCCCAAGCACACGUGAAUGACCUCAGUGACGGACAUCCCCUCCUCAGGAGGAAAGAGCUGGAACCAGGUGACUUCGUGUCCUCGCUGCUCAGCGUGAGCCUGUGUUCUCGUCCUUGGAUGCCUUUUCCGGCCUGAGCCCUCUCCUCGAAAGCAGGCCUGGCUGAGGGGAGGCCCGCAAAGCAUGUGGCUUGUGUGUGCGUGGUGCGUGUGUGCCAGUGAGAGAGCGAGGGGUGAUGGGAGGCUGAGGGUGGGUGUGAGGCGCGGGGUGUGCACAGGUGCUCGUGGUUGUGUGCCAGGCAUGUGGACUGCCAGAGUGUUGGAGGUGUGGGGCGUGUGCACGUGUGCACGGGGACCAAGAGCUUAGUGCAGGCGUGUGUGGGGCGUGCAGGGGGCGGGUGUACAACACAGAGACCAGACAGAAGACAGGGAGGGUUGCAGCGGAGGGCGUGCAGGGGGACACCUGUCGCCUGGCCAUGUGGUUUGGCCUGAAUUUCCAGGAGGGUCCGAGGUUGCCUUUCCACGGGUAGGAGGUCUUCUGAGGUUAGAGGCCAACGGGCCACUGUAGGAGUUGCCCUGGGACCCGCUGGGCUGGGGGAGGGGGUGUGAGCAGCCCAGCCUCCCAUAGCCCUCAGGGGGUCCUCCUGCUUCAAGGGCCUUCCCAGGACUGCCCUCCACCCCAAAGGACUUCUGGAAGGACCCUCUGCACCAGCCCCCCCGGGAACGAGCCUGAUGCUCCACCGAUUUCUGAGGAAAUUCCAGCCCAGCCAAACCAGGGGCUUCCAGCUGAUCACGGGUCCACAUCGGGUCACCCGUGCCGAAGGAAUGGGGGCCAGGCUAAGACUCGUCCCUGCAAAGCCUCAGGGGCCCCACGGGUUGGGGGAGGGCCUGAAGGAGCUGGGGCCCUGGUGUAUCCACUUAGCAGGGAAGAGGGGGAGGACUAGAUGCCCAGUAAAUACCCGCUGGGCGCCAGGGAGGAGAUGCCCAAGGCCCGGCUGCCAAGGAGUCUUCCUCGAGGGCUCUGACACUGGGGCUUCGUGCCCCGCCUUUCAGCCCAGGUCACUGGAGAACCCCAAGCCCCCCGGAGCCUCGGUACAGGCUGAAUGCGGCUGUACCGCAGCCCCCCUGCCUGUAUGUGGCAGCCCUGUCCCAGGGGACCUGGGAACGGGGCCAGCUCCCGGGCUCACGAGGGGUGCCGGGAGUGCUGUCCCACCCUGGGCUGUCACGGUGUCCCUGGGGCAGACGACGUGCGGUCUAGGCUGUGCCUGGUGCUCUGUGGCCUCCACGCGGCAGCUGGGGCAGAGGCAGUGCUUCAGUGGCCAGAGUUACACGUUAACUUAUCCUGUUCUUGUUUAAUUUGCUCCCGGGGAUGGCGGCAGCCUCUGACCCGUCCCGGUGCCACAAGGACAGAGAGUGAAUCCUGCCCAGCCCUUGAGGGAUCAGUCUGCUCGGCCAAGGAGCCCCGGGGAGCUGUGGGUGGCACCAGUGUCCAGCCUGCCUCGCUGAGGCCCCGGCCAGACCAUGGCAGGUAGACGGUCAGAGAGGGAUAUGGGCACGGGCUCCACUCCCACCUCCUGCCCCUCAGGCUGGCUCCACGCUGCAGUGUGGCCUGGCCUCUCUGCUUGGCCUCAAGCCAGGGGUACAAAGACCUCGGUUUGCCCCUCCCCUAUGGCCCGGGGUCCUGACCCCAUGGUUAGAAUGGGCCCUCACCCUCUCCCGCCCAAGGCCUCUAGACCAGGCUCGUGGGGGUCAGUAAAGCCCAGGGAUGCCGGGAGUGGGCGCUGGUGGGGGGCCAUUGGGGGCGGGCUGCUGGGAGACCACACUACCAAGACGAUGGUGGUCUUCUAUGACUACCGCCUCCGGCUCAUCACCCCAGUUUAAAGAUGAGAAAGUUCAGAUCUUGGGGAGGUGAGACGGCUUGCCUGUGGCCAGGAGUAGAGGGUCCUGGAACCCCCAGCUCCCAUACCAGGUGGAAGGUGCUGACACCCAACCCCUGACUCCCCCAAACCACUGGUGUCCAGCAGAGGGGCCGGGGCCUGGGCCUCGGAGCAGUGGGCGACAGGUGCACACAGGAAAUGUGUGCUGGCCCACGUCCUGGGUAGACAGGCAGCUAGGUGGGCCCCGCCGAGCUGGGGGCGGUGCUGGGUCAGCUCAGCCAUGACUCCACGCUAACAUCUUCUCUGGGGACUGGCAGCCACAUCCAGGGCAGGCAGAACACCUAAGAGCCAGCUGCUGCUGGGGUAAGAUGUGCCAAAUGCCAGGCCCUGUCCCCCGUGGGACUUGUGGACAGACAUGGUGUGGCUACCAAGCAGCACAGGCCACUGGCCACCUUGGUUGUUUCCUGGCCCACAGACCACCUGUGGACAGUGGGAGGCUGGCCUCGUGGGCACAGCGAACCCACUGGGUCCUCUCUCUGCAGGAGCCUGCGACAGGGCCCCUGACUUCCUCUCCCCAUCUGGAAACCAGCUCCUGUGGCCUGCCCUGGGCAGUGUGGUCACUCUGAACUGCACGGCCUCGGUGGCCUCUGGGCCCCACUGCCCCUUGCCCUCGGUCCAGUGGCUGAAAGAUGGGCUGCUGCUGGGCAAUGGAAGCCACUAUGACCUCCAUGAGGACUCCUGGGUCAAGGCCAACUGGUCAGAGGUGCUUGUGUCCAGUGCCCUGGGGAUCCACCUGACCAGUCCUGAGGACUUCAGGACCUUCACCUGCUCCGUCCAGAACAUCAGCUCCUCUUCCUUCACUCUUUGGAGAGCUGGCCUGGCUGGACAUGUGGCCGCGGUGCUGGCCUCACUCCUGGUCCUGCUGGCCCUGCUCCUGGCAGCGCUGCUAUACGUGAAGUGUCGACUCAAUGUGCUGCUCUGGUACCAAGACACAUAUGGGGAGGUGGAGAUGAACGACGGGAAGCUCUACGACGCCUACGUCUCCUACAGCGACAGCCCCGAGGACCGGAAGUUCGUGAACUUCAUCCUGAAGCCGCAGCUGGAACGGCGUCGGGGUUACAAGCUCUUUCUGGACGACCGCGACCUCCUGCCGCGCGCGGAGCCGUCGGCCGACCUCCUGGUGAACCUGAGCCGCUGCCGGCGCCUCGUCGUGGUGUUGUCCGACGCCUUCCUCGGCCGGGCCUGGUGCAGUCACAGCUUCCGGGAGGGCCUGUGCCGGCUGCUGGAGCUCACGCGCAGACCCAUCUUCAUCACUUUCGAGGGCCAGCGGCGCGACCCCGCACACCCUGCGCUCCGCCUGCUGCGCCAGCAUCGCCACCUGGUGACCCUGCUGCUCUGGAGGCCCGGUUCCGUGACACCUUCCUCCGAUUUUUGGAAAGAGCUACAGUUGGCGUUGCCACGGAAGGUGCAGUACAGAGCGAUGGAGGGAGACCCCCAGACCCGGCUGCAGGAUGACAAGGACCCCAUGCUGAUUGUGCGAGGCCGGGUCCCAGAGGGUCGGACCCUGGACCCGGAGCUGGACCCUGACCCUGAGGGGGACCUGGGUAUGCCCACCGGCCCCACCCCUGACCCUGAGAAGCUCAGCCUGAGUUGGAGGGGGGCUGCAUAAGGUGGAGCCCCAAAUAGGGGCCAGGCGGCAGGGACUGCUCCCUGCAGCCGGUGGAUGGGCUUAAUUCCCAGCACCUCCCACGGACUCUUUCCAUGAAGGUGGUCAGGCCCCGGGGCCUGACUGGGAACCUCCAGGACCUCAAAUGCCACCAUGCAGGAGGGGCAGCAGGGAGUGACUCUGGCAGAAGGCAGGCUGUGGGCAGCCCAGCCUCAGGCCUGGCGGUACCCCUCCCCAGGUGUACGAGGGCCUGUCUUUGGGGAGCCAGCAGCUCCACCGCGUGCAAGUGGGGUCUCGCUUGGAGAGGGCCAGGGCAGUGAAGUGGAUGUGUCGGACCUUGG